GAAGCAGAGCCAGCCUUUACAGAACUGUCACUACGGGCCCGGCAUUUGCUGGUUUUCUCCUUGGCAUCAGAACACUUAACGGUGGAUUGAAAACUGUCUACAAGUGAAAUGGACGGAUCAUCGGAACAAAUGAAGCCCCUUUUGAGAACAGGUUUGGAUGAGGAGGCAAUAGUUGACCAUGGAAAGACCAGCUUCACCACUCUCUCAAACUAUGAGAGAGAUGAGUUGGAAAGCCACAGAGCAGUGUACGUAGGUGUCCAUGUUCCUAUCGGAAAGGAAAGCAAACGGAGGCAUCGCCACAGAGGACACAAACAUCACCGAAAGAGGAAAGAAAAAGACACAGAGGAUGGAAAAGAUGAUGGCAGGGAAUCCCCCACUUAUGACACACCAUCCCAAAGGGUACAGUUCAUCUUGGGAACAGAGGACGAUGACCUCGAGCACAUCCCCCAUGACCUCUUCACUGAGAUGGAUGAGCUCUCCUUCAGAGAUGGAAGUGCCACUGAGUGGAGAGAGACAGCCAGAUGGUUGAAAUUUGAAGAGGAUGUGGAAGAUGGCGGAGAAAGGUGGAGUAAGCCGUAUGUGGCCACAUUGUCACUUCACAGCUUAUUUGAACUGCGUAGCUGCAUACUUAAUGGCACAGUCAUGCUGGAUAUGAGGGCCAACAGUAUUGAGGAAAUUGCAGACAUGGUGAUAGACAACAUGGUGGCAUCAGGUCAGCUGAAGGAGGAUCUGCGUGACAAGGUGCGGGAAGCGAUGCUGAAGAAACACCACCAUCAGAAUGAGAGAAAGCUCAGCAAUCGCAUCCCUCUGGUGCGCUCCAUUGCUGACAUAGGCAAGAAACAUUCUGACCCACUCUUGCUUGAAAGAAACGGAGAGGGCCUCUCCUCUUCACGUCUCUCUCUCCACAAGCCAGGGUCAGCCUCCUCUGUCUCCAACCUGUCGCAGAGACGGGAGUCAAGAGUCUCCAUCCUGCUCAACCAUCUCCUGCCCUCCUCUUCCUACAACAGUGGGCUGUCCCCAGGCCACUCUCCCCUCAGCACUCCUCAAAAUACCCCUUCAUCUUUUCGUCGUUCCACUCAGAGCCCUUCACAAACCCUUGGCGCAGGUCUCGGCCCCCAAGGCAUCCCAGAGGUGGUGGUAUCUCCUCCUGAGGAUGAUGGCGCGCCAAACUCUACAGAAGAGGAAACAGUAUCACCACAGCUCGGCCGGCGAGCAUCCUCGGCAUCCCAGAACAUUGAGCUGCUGUCGUUAGAAGGACCACUGGUGCCUCAGACAUCUGUCCCAAACAACCUGGAUGGCAACAAGGCAAUGGAGAGGAGGCCAUCUAAAGUAGGGGUCAGUAGAGAAAGCAGCAGUGUGGACUUCAGCAAGGUGGACAUGAAUUUCAUGAAAAAGAUUCCUCCAGAUGCUGAGGCUUCUAAUAUUCUGGUGGGAGAGGUAGACUUCCUGGAAAAGCCCAUAAUAGCAUUUAUUCGAUUGUCACCGGCUGUCCUAAUCACAGGCCUCACUGAGGUACCUGUGCCCACAAGGUUUCUUUUCCUCCUUCUGGGUCCUCAUGGGAAAGGACCACAGUACCAUGAAAUUGGCAGAUCCAUGGCAACACUAAUGACAGAUGAAAUUUUCCAUGACGUGGCAUACAAGGCCAAAGACAGAACUGAUCUGCUCUCUGGGAUUGAUGAGUUCCUUGAUCAGGUGACUGUGCUUCCCCCUGGAGAAUGGGACCCCACAAUCCGGAUUGAGCCCCCGAAGCAUGUCCCAUCUCAGUCAAAGAGGAAGAAACCACCCCAGCCGAAUGGCACUGCCUCUCCAGCUGGGGAGCUGGAAAAAGACGGGGACAACCAUGUGGGACCUGAACUUCAGAGAACUGGGAGGAUUUUUGGAGGUUUGAUCCUGGAUGUUAAGCGGAAAGCACCGUUCUACUGGAGCGACAUUAAGGACUCACUCAGUCUGCAGUGUCUAGCCUCUAUCCUUUUCCUCUACUGCGCUUGUAUGUCCCCUGUCAUCACAUUUGGAGGUCUGCUUGGAGAGGCAACGAAAGGCAACAUAAGUGCAAUAGAGUCUCUGUUUGGAGCAUCAUUGACAGGAGUGGCAUUCUCCCUCUUCGCAGGCCAGCCCCUCACUAUUCUUGGCAGCACAGGGCCUGUUUUAGUGUUUGAGAAGAUCCUUUUUAAGUUCUGCAAUGACUAUAGUUUGUCCUACCUGUCACUGCGAACCAGCAUUGGUUUGUGGACAGCCUUCCUGUGUCUAGUUCUGGUGGCCACAGAUGCUAGUUCCCUAGUAUGUUACAUCACCCGCUUCACAGAGGAGGCCUUCGCGGCACUCAUCUGCAUCAUCUUUAUCUAUGAGGCUCUAGAAAAGCUCUUUCACCUUGGAGAAUUCUACCCAGUCAAUACGCACAACAAUUUGGACAAUCUAACUCUCUAUUCGUGUCACUGCUCUCGACCAACCAAUGCAUCAGAUGUGCCUGCACAGCUUUUGAACCAGACAGAGUACAACAGCUCGGACUCCAUCCCAUGGAGCAGUCUCAAUGUUUCGAUGUGUAAACUGCUCCAUGGGGAAUUUGUGGGGCCAGCUUGUGGUCAUCAUGGGCCUUAUAUCCCAGAUGUUCUCUUUUGGUCUAUUAUCCUUUUCUUCACCACUUUCUUUUUGUCCUCAUUCCUCAAGCAGUUUAAGACGGACAGAUACUUCCCCACCAAGGUACGUUCCACUAUCAGUGAUUUUGCUGUAUUUAUAACCAUCAUGAUCAUGGUACUGGUGGACUAUCUGAUGGGGAUCCCUUCUCCUAAACUGAAUGUCCCAGACCGCUUUGAGCCAACUUCAAAGAACAGAGGCUGGCUGAUGGACCCUUUAGGAGAAAAUCCCUGGUGGACGUUGCUGGUGGCAGCACUUCCUGCGUUGCUCUGUACCAUCCUCAUCUUUAUGGACCAGCAAAUUACUGCAGUCAUCAUCAACCGCAAAGAGCACAAGCUUCAGAAAGGCUGUGGCUAUCACCUGGAUUUGCUGGUAGUGGCAUUAAUGCUGGGUGUGUGCUCCAUGAUGGGCUUGCCAUGGUUCGUGGCUGCAACCGUCCUGUCUAUUUCCCACGUUAACAGCCUGAAGGUGGAGUCUGGCUGCUCUGCACCAGGAGAGCAGCCCAAGUUUCUGGGCAUACGAGAACAGCGCGUUACUGGGUUUAUGAUAUUUGUCCUCAUGGGUUGCUCUGUUUUCAUGACAUCGGUGCUAAAGUUUAUUCCUAUGCCCGUUCUGUAUGGAGUAUUUCUCUACAUGGGCGCCUCUUCUCUCAAAGGCAUUCAAUUCUUUGACAGAAUCAAGCUGUUUGGCAUGCCUGCAAAGCAUCAGCCAGAUCUCAUCUAUCUGCGCUACGUACCACUCUGGAAGGUCCACAUCUUCACGCUGGUGCAGCUCACCUGCUUAGUACUGCUCUGGGUAAUCAAGGCCUCUGCAGCAGCUGUCGUAUUCCCCAUGAUGGUUCUGGCACUUGUUUUUAUCCGGAAGCUCCUAGACUUUUUCUUUACAAAAAGAGAGUUAAGCUGGCUGGAUGACCUCAUGCCAGAGAGCAAAAAGAAAAAAGAGGAUGACAAGAAGAAGAAAGUCCGUGAAAAGCUGGAGGAGGAGUCUAGAAUGCAGGAGGAAGAGGAGAUGGGACUUAAAGUCACCUUUGAAAGCUCAAACCUGCUCAACAUCCCAGUAAAAACACUCUCAGGGAGUUCUGAUUCUGACCCCUUGGUUGUAAAUAUCUCUGAUGAAAUGGCCAAAACCGCAGUGUGGAAAGCAGUGAACUCGAGUGCAGAUUCUUGUGUCCCACCUGUGAAUCGUAGUAGAAGCCAAGAAAAGGUGGCCUGUGUUAGAGUUGACAUCAGCCCAGACACCCCUGGGGAAGGCUCCGCUGCAGAGACCUUCCUGUGAUAAAGGAUGGCCAUCCUCCUCCCAUGAACCCUUAUAGCACUUACCCACGGAGACAGCGCCCAUCAGCACACUGAAUUUGAGCAGCACAAUCUCUCUGCAGUGCUAAUAUUCCCCUUUCAGGGAAACACAUGAAACUCCCACAAGGCUGAGUCCAGCUCCACUCAAGUCUUUUAACUUCUACAUGUUCAGCACACGUACCAACAGCUGCCAAGAUGCACUAUGUUACAUGCAUCUCUAAUGAAUAAAGGAAUUCUGCUGUUACUGCCCACUGACAUUCACUGUUUUAGGAAUUCUCUCAAUCCAUCAGUUACUCAUUUCUAUUCAAACCACAGAUGCCAAAGGAUGGGCCUCACUGGUGAGGAUCUCAGACUGUGUGAACCCAUUGUGGUUUUUUUACAUUUCUGUUUUAGCUAGUGCUUUUUUUUCUCAUCCAUGAGUUGGCCCACAUUGUUUGUUUUUGACCUUUUAUCAUACUAUACCAGCUUAAGACUAAUUCAACAAAAGCCAUUUUAGUACUGUCGGUGUCAGAUGAUUUCUCUCUAAUGCUGGUCUGGCACAGUUAAUAACACAAACCCAAUCAAAGGUACAUUCAGACCACUAUUACUGUACUACACUACUACUUCAUACAUCUUAGGCAGAUUAGGACAUUAGCUUCAGGGGAACACUUGGUUUUAAUAACGCUGCUUUAAAGGUGGUCUGGUUUUUUUUCACUGCACAGCUCACAGUUCAUUCAUAGUGUAUGUGAACUUGAAGUAUUUUAUGUGUGUAAGUGUACUGUGUUAUUUUUAUUUGUACUAUAAUAGAAAACCUACUUCAGAGGCCAUAUAAAGUCUGUACUGUAUAGUAACGUAAGCACUUUUGCCAGUAACAUUUAUGACCUAAAACAGAUUAUAUUGUGUUAAUAAGAAGAUGACUCCUCCCCUCACACAAUCUUUUUUUAGAGAUGUUAGAAUACAACCCAGGAUCUUGAAUGAUUUCUGACUGUGGUAACUUGAUUUUAUUGCUUGUGGUUGUUUCUUGUCACGAGGUAUAAACACCAGUCUGCUGUAUUCCGUUCCCUGCUGACAUUACAACCAUUUUAUUAGAACUAAAAAAGUUUCUGGCCCCGAUUAGUUGCACCUGUUUUUAUACUGCCUGUAUCAUUGUUAAUAUCAGUAUGUGGUUUAAAGAUAAUGUGGUAUGUCUAGAGUUACAAAUUUAUGCAAAAUAUUUUUACUGUAUAUGUAAAAACUAUCAUAUUCUAGGAAUUAGUUUUAUUUUGCUAAGUAUAGUCAUGUUUCAGCAAUAAGUAUUCCAUACGGUCCAAUGUUUGGACUCCUGAACUCUGCAAAGAAUAAUUUGACAUGAAUUUUGUCUGUUUCAUCGGCUGUGUCUGUGUGUAGCGACUCUAUGGACAGUAGCUUAUGUGCCUUGUUGAAGCUCUUUAUGUGCACGUGUUGUACUACUGAUUUUUAAAAAUGUUCAGAACCGAUGUACAAGUACACAGGGUGGUGACCCAAUGCCAAAGACAGGCCAUCCAAUACACACAGCUCUGCUGCAUAGGCUUACGUCUUUCGUAGUGUUGUUCCACGUCUGUGUAAAGUUCGUAACCUGAGCCACCGACUCAAAAAGAUGUUCAACUCAUCUUCCAUUCACAGGUGUAUCUAAAUACUGUUUGUCGGUGUGUGUUCUGCUGUCACAGCGCUAGUAUUUGCUCACAACAUAAAAACCCUGUUAUUGAUAUCAAGGUACCGUUUCUUGUUUGAAUAAUUAGUGUAUGUCAAAUUAUUGUGCUGUCAACAUCAAAAAUGAACAAGCACCUAUAUUUAUUUAUUUGGUAAAAAUAUAUAUAUAUACAGUUGUUGUUUCUCUUCACCUAUGGUUAAUAUUGACCAAAGUGGACAGUAACCAGUGCUUACAUUUUAGACUCAUGGUUUAUGCUGACUAAUAAAGACCCUAUUUUCACAUUAUGUACGGAAAUUUUACAAAGUGUAAAUUUAAUGGAACAAAAGUACCUACAAUUAAAAUAAGCUGUAGCCUCCAAGGCUGCUGGGUUUGUACUGAUGUACAGACCACCAGUGAAGCACUUAGCAUCCUGUUGCUUGAUGACUCUUCUGUCAUGGUUGAUUGUUGCAAAGCAAUAAAAUGAAUUCAUGGUGA